UGUUUUUAUCACCUGCCCCUUGUAGGAAAAUUGAUCAUUAUAAGAAAUGGCAUUCAUGGGCUAGCUGUCAUUUUGGCAGUUGUCAUCUUCAAAACUACUGCGAGCUCUUCUUUCGUUAAUUUUAUUGAAUUAAGGAACCAUGCAGUCUAAUUUAUGGAGUGUUAUUUCAUCAUCUGCACGUACAACCUGCCUAUACCAGCAAAGGCUACCUGCUGCUCUCCUACAACAUAGAAGAUAUGCGACGACACACGAAGCCGACAUUGUCGUGAUCGGGUCAGGACCUGGUGGAUAUGUAGCUGCUAUCAAAGCGAGCCAGUUGGGAUUGAAAACAGUGUGUGUAGAAAAGAAUGCGACGUUAGGAGGAACUUGUUUAAAUGUAGGGUGCAUUCCGUCUAAAGCACUUCUUCACAAUUCACAUUAUUAUCACAUGGCCCACUCUGGAGAGUUUGCAAAACGAGGCGUGUUAAUGGACAAUGUAAAAAUCGAUUUGGGGAAAUUAAUGGCGACUAAGGAAGCGGCCGUAAAGAGCUUAACCGGUGGUAUUGCUAUGCUCUUCAAAAAAAACAAAGUGACACAUAUCAGCGGUCACGGCACAAUCACUGGCAAAAACCAAGUGACCGCGAAAAAGAGUGAUGGUUCAACUGAAGUAGUUAACGCUAAAAAUAUAUUGAUCGCCACCGGCUCGGAAGUCACACCCUUUCCCGGAAUAACGGUUGAUGAGCAAACCAUCGUAUCGUCCACAGGCGCAUUGGCACUUAAGGCUAUUCCGAAAAGGUUAAUCGUAAUUGGUGCCGGUGUAAUCGGAUUAGAAUUGGGUUCGGUGUGGAAACGCUUAGGUUCGGAGGUGACGGCUGUCGAAUUUCUCGGCAGUAUCGGCGGUGUCGGAAUUGAUGGAGAGGUAUCGCAGUCAUUCCAAAAGAUUCUCGAAAAACAAGGGUUGAAGUUUAAAUUAGGCACGAAAGUUACUGGGGCCACAAAAUCGGGUUCCACCAUUAAAGUUUCCGUGGAGGAUGUUAAAAAUCCAGACAAAAAAGAGAAUCUGGAAUGCGACGUGCUGCUAGUCUGCGUCGGUCGUCGUCCAUACACAGAAAAUUUGGGAUUGGAAGGUGUGGGGAUCGAGAAGGAUCAGCGAGGGCGUAUACCAGUGAAUGGAAAGUUCCAAACAGUAGUCCCAAGCAUUUACGCAAUUGGUGAUUGCAUUCACGGGCCAAUGCUAGCACAUAAGGCUGAAGAUGAAGGUAUUGUCUGUGUGGAAGGUAUCAAAGGUGGGCCGGUUCACAUAGACUACAAUUGCGUACCUUCCGUAAUAUACACUCAUCCCGAAGUCGGUUGGGUCGGAAAGACCGAGGAAGAUCUGAAGAGCGAAGGCGUACAAUACAAAAUAGGCAAAUUCCCAUUCCUAGCGAAUUCGAGGGCAAAAACAAACAACGACACCGACGGCUUUGUGAAGGUAUUGUCAGAUAAAAAUACCGAUCGAAUUUUGGGAACUCACAUCAUCGGCUCUGCGGCUGGAGAACUUAUUAACGAAGCGGUUUUGGCGCAAGAAUACGGUGCUUCUGCAGAGGAUGUCGCGCGAGUAUGCCACGCUCAUCCCACGUGCUCUGAAGCUUUAAGGGAAGCAGCAGUGGCCGCGUACUUCGGAAAACCAAUCAAUUUUUAAUGACAUAAGUUACUUAAAUUAAUUUUUGUUCAUUUGUACAUAAUUUUUUUUAAUUGGGUAACUUGUCAAUAAAUUGUUUUAGUUUUA